AUGAGUAACAAAAUUGUGGAGGUAAUAGUGGGUCACUCAUUCACCCUACUCCCACCAGGGCGAGACGACCAGCACACCCACAGAUGGACGAUUUUCGUGAAGCCUGCCAACAAGGACUACGACGAUUUUCCCGAUACGAAACUAAUCCAGAAGGUCAAAUUCGACAUCCAUAAAACGUUCGCCCAACCCACACGAUGGGUUCACAAACCACCGUUUCAAAUCACCGAAACCGGUUUCGCAUCGUUCUCGGCAGUCGUGACGAUACACCUGAACAUUCCCAACGAGAAGCCACGUGCCAUACCCUACGAGCUGACUCUCUACACAGGCCAGUCGGGUGAGAACGAGGUCGUUCAGAAGCUGCCAGUGAUGACUGACCAUAUUCGACCAGAGUACUUGGAAUUGAUCAAAAAGUAUCGACCGAAGAAGCGGAAGGCGUCGAUGGCCUACGGAUCGUCGAAUGAUGAGAAGUCUCCGCAUUCGAAGCGAGCAUUGUCACCGAUUAAAGAGGAGAAGGAGAGAAAGAAGCGGCCGAGGAUAGAGGAAAGGGAGGAUCGGAAGGAGGAUCGGAGAGAUGAUCGGAAGAACGACAGGAAGGAAGAUCGGAAGGAGGAUAGGAAGGAUGAUCGAAAAAAGGAGAAGGAGAAGAAGCAUCAUAGAGACAGUCGGGAGAGGUCCCGUGAUAGGUCCAAAGAGUCGCGCGAAACAGAAACUAGGGAAACUAAGGAUUCCCGGGACAAAGGGCUGAAAGAGAAGGAUAAGGAGCUCAAGGAGAAGGAACCCAAGGAGAAAGAUCCCAAAGAGUCCCCCGAAGAGUUGACAAAGAAACUCAAUGAGUGCGAAGACCCACGUGUCAUAUAUAAAGCCGGCCUGUAUCUCCUGGAGCACCUGCCAGACGUGCAACUCGAUUUGAAAACUCAAAAACUCUCCUACGAUCUCACCAAGGGAAGCGCCGAUGACUUGAUGGAAAUUGCGAGGAUUCUCAGGAAGAGCAAAUAA